UUAUGAGAGGGAUUGGGGGCACUCAUAAAGGUGGAACGAGCUAAACUAAUUCCCGUAAACUAUUAUUCAAGGCCCAUUAACAAUGGCCCAGCUAAUCAUCAUUGACACGUGAGAAGAGAGCCAUUGCUUCACUUACCUUACCGUCUUGCUCCGCCGUGUCUCCUCCUUGCCACGGUGCCGCUUACCUUCAUUGUCUAAUACAUCGUUAGUCCAAGUUCGUUGUCAUAUAGUUAUAUUCGGAGUUACCAUAUCUGUAGCAGAAAGAGAGGAGUUUGACAGGUUGCAGAGAAGAAAGUAGAAAGAAGAGUCAAUUUAUUUGUGCUACAACACAGGGCUGUGGGUGAUGGGAAGCAGCGGCCAAGGAGAGGUUGUGGUUGGUAAAGAAGAGGUUAUCGCUAAACUCAAGGAUGAUGGCGACUUCGACAAGCUUCGUUUAAAGAUCAUUCGUAAGCUCAAGGACAAUGAAGAGCUACGACAAUAUAUUACCUCAAUCGUUAAACAGUCAGAGGCGCUCAAUCGUGCUGGAGCAGAAAAUAUGAAACCUAGACAGCUUUCUGAUGUCAUAUAUGAAGAAGUUGGUGAGAAUGUAAUGAGCCGCAUAUCAGAUAGUUUAUGGCAAAUAAUCAGAUCAGAUGACGGCAUGAAAGGUGAAAUCACCGAAACAGUGCAAUCUGUCUACGAUAAGCUGGCAAACCCCAAAGGGAAAGAUGACGUUCUUUUAUCAACAUCUGAUGCAAUGCCAGGUCAGACUCAGGGUGAGACAGCUUCAGCUACUGAGAAUGACGAUUCUUUGCAUGAAAAUGAGCCGCAAGAGCCGCCAGGUUUCACUCUUGUACUGAAUCAUCCGAAUAAUAACAACCAUGAGGAUCAAGAUAAAGAGAAGGCACAAGUUCAGAGGCAAAGGUCGACUGCAGAGUGCAAGGAAGAUUCCCACCCGUCACAGGAUACACUUGUUGAAGAUGAUCAUAACAUUGCGCCUUCUGGAUUUUCAAAAGACAUGGAGCAUAGUCCAGUAGCUGAUUGUAGUGAUGAAGACCCUGAUGUACCGCCUGGUUUUGGUUGACGAAUUGAAAGGUAAUAAGAGGUCAAAUGAUCGAAUCAGAACAAAAAAUACCAAAAAUCGCACGAAAAGGGAUCCCUUCCAUACGAAUUUCCCGAUACCAACACGACUUUGUUGUGUCCCAUGAUAUGGGCCGUGUUGGCCCUCAACACUGCUCCCAUACAAAGAAAGAGAGGCUGACACGGCCAACUUGUGUCCUCUGACAUGACUUGUGUCAGCUUUCCAGGUAGUUUCAAACUCUUGAAUUUUUCGAUUGUUUUUGUGACAUUUGAAACUUUGUAACCCCUAAGACAUUAUGUUAGUGUUUAAUGAUGAUUAUGCACGAAUUAAUGGCGUUUAAAGCACAAAAUUAUUGUUGUUUACGAGGGAUUUACAAUUAGUUUUAGUAUAAAUAAGACUUGAGUUUCAAGCAAAAAGAUAGAGACAUUUUGGGGGGAGACGUUAAAGAGGCCUAGCAGUGAGACUUAACAAACUCUAUCCUCCAUCACUUGUACAACUUUUCACUUAGGCUUUGUUUGGAUUGAUGGAAUCGAAUGGAACAGAGCGGAAUGAGAUGGAGUGGAAUUAUAUUCCAUUGUCUGGAUCACUUAAAAUGCGAUGGAGCGGAGUGGUAUGGAUUCCAUUCCAUUCCAUCACUUACCAUCAUAUUUCUUCUCCUCCAAUUUGGACGGAAUGAACAACUUGCCUUAUUCCAUUCUAAAAUUUCCAAACAAUGGAAUGGGGCAUUCAUUCCGCUCCGUCCUACUCUGCUACACUCCAUUCUGCUCCGUUCAUUUUAUGAUAUCCAAACAUAGCCUUAGAUCAUUUCAUACAAUUGUUAUUUUCUUGAGUUCUUGGCUUCAA